AUGAAGGUCAAAAUCAAGAAGUGGGAUGCCGUCGCGUCGUGGCGAUGGGAUCUCCCCGAAGACGAUGUCUGUGGUAUCUGCCAAGCUCAUUUUGACGGCACAUGUCCUAGCUGCAAAUAUCCUGGCGAUGACUGCAGCCUCUUGUCUGGGAAGUGUGGUCACAACUUCCAUAUGUGCGUUCCAAAGCAUUGCAUAAUGGAGUGGAUUAAGCAAGGUUCUGCUAAGGGGCAAUGUCCUAUGUGUCGACAAAAGUUCGAAUGGAACGAGUCAAGCGGCGGUCAGCAACAGCACCCGGAGACACACGAAGAUACCAAUAGGCCGCAACAGACACCGUAG